UUUCCGGUGAAAAUCUAAGUUCUUCCGGUGAAAACGAGAAUUUUCCGUGUGGCGAAUCAAUUAGGAACCCAAAAUUGGAACUCUUUUGUAAGAAAGAUAAUUUAAUACAUGGGUCUGUUAAACGCUUUUUGUGACGGUCAUAUUCAUUGAGAAUUAAGCGCUGAAAUAACAAGUAUGUAAAUAACCGGUUAGAAACCGACAAAAUCGGGCACAAUGGAUUGCUGAUCAGUGUAAAGGAGAGAAAAUGAAUACUUUGUCUUUGGUUGAAGUCAUUGAACACGACCAUUUCUAUACGCAUGACAAUAAUGAAGAACGGGAAAGAAAUGGGAAUGGACAGUUUAAAGGAGAAACGAGAAAGCCCUCCCCACAUGAAGAUGUAGGACACGACCAUUCAUAUUCCAGUUUACCGACAUCAUCAUCUACUUCAGAUGAUUGUGAGAUGUGCAUAGAUGAAAACAUAGAUGAAAACCCAGAUGAAAACAUAGAUGAGAAUGAUUCGGAGUCAGAUAAAUGUGACGAUGAAGACCCCUGUACAUACAGUACACACCAUUCGGUACAAGGGAGACAUAUUGUUGAACUUGAUGUUUUGGCAGAAGGACUGGAGAAAGGGUGUUCAAGCUGUGGACAACCAUUACAAUUGACAUCAUACAUUGGAGAAAGUAGAUAUGGCCUAGGUAGUCUCCUUCACUUAAGAUGUAGUUGUAAGAAAAUUAACUAUGUUCCCACAGGAAAACGACAUUCAAAAAACAUUUGGGAUGUAAACUCAAAAUUAGGUGCAGCAAUGAUAUUCUGUGGUAUUGGUGAAAGUGUAGUCAAUAAUUUAUUGGCUGCAUUGAACCUCCCGAACAUAUCCCCAACCACCCUAAAAAGGAGGGAACGAGAGGCAGGUUCUGCAUUUGAAGCAGUUGCUACUGAGACGUGUAGUGAUGCAAUUGCAGCUGAAAGUAGAAGUUGUCAAAGUGAAGAAGACCAGGCGGUUUCCUUUGAUGCUGGCUGGCAAACCAGAGGAAGUGGAAGGAACUAUGCUAGUUUAUCUGGUCAUGGAAGUAUGAUUGGAGUGAAUACCGGAAAAGUCUUAAGUUAUGCCGUACGUUGUAAAAAAUGUCGUUUUUGUGACAGGGCGGUGGAUAAAGAAAAUCCAAAAGAGCAUGAUUGUAGAAAGAAUUGGGAGAAAUCCUCCAAGGCAAUGGAGUCUGACAUGGCAGUAGAAAUGCUUCAUGAAUUAAAAUCAAAGGGAUUUCACGUUAAAAAACUUAUCAUGGAUAGAGAUACUACUACGAUUUCAAGGUUAUAA